GGUGAGGCCCACACUCAGUCUGAGUACUUGGGGCGCGCGCGGCCCCGGCUCUCGCCCGAGCCCGGGCCCCGGUGCAGGCCCUGCAUUAAGGCCGCCACACCCCAAGACCGUUAUCUGUGGAUGCACACAACCCUUGUGCAGUCUUAGUGAAGCUGGGUCAGAGGUUCCUGUCUUCUAUCAACAGCCAUCCCUCCUUUUUGGAGGCCUGAGCACCCUCUUCCUGUUUCUGGGGAAUGAGUUCCUCCAGAAAGCCAGCAGUCAUUGUGUAGCACUGGACGGGAUCAGGAGGCCUGGUUUCUAACCCUGCUCUGUCACUAGCAAGCUCUGUGAUCUUUGAAGCUUAAGUGAAAAUGGUACAUGUUAGAAGACACGAAACAAGGAAAAAUUCUAAAACUCAAGUACCUGAGCAAAAAUCUCGAGUUGAUUGGCGUCGAACUAAAAGAAGUAUCUCACAGUUAUUUGAUAGUGAUGAAGAACUUGAUAGUGAUGAGGAACUUGAAGUUGAUAGUGAUGAAGAGCUUGAGAGUGGUGAAAGUGUUGAUAGUGGUGAAGAGCUUGAUAGUAGCAAGAAUCCUGGUAUUAGUGAAAUACCAGAAAAGGAAACAGAGCCUAAAUUAAUCAAAGUUGAAACUGAGGGAAGCAACAGUAAACCUCUUACAAACACCAGCAAUAGUUCAACAGAUGAAGAAAAAAUGAACAAAACUGAACAUGAUUUACCAGACGAUGAAAAUCGUCCAUCAGGUCAAGAGAAGGGUGAUGUCAACAGGCAUACCAAACAAAGCGUAGAGGAGGAUAUGGAAGAUGAAUACAUCAAGCCUGGAAAAAGAAAAAGGCUGUCUUCUGUAAUGUAUGACAGUGAUGACAGUGAUGACAGCGAUAUCCUAGUUAGAAAAGUAAGUGCUAAACGUCCACGCAGGGUGGUCGAAGAUGAAUGUUCUUCUUUGGAAACAGAACAAGAAACCCCUGAAAAAUCAUUAGCUGCUCGAAAGCGAGAACAUCACCAGAAGCUAAAGGAACUCUCAGAAAGAUCACGCCAGAGACAAAGACGCAAUAGUGGUAGAAAUUUUGAGGACUCUGAAAAGGAAUCUUGUUCAAGUACUGAUGAAGAUGAGGAUGAGGACGAUUACAAAUAUGAUGAAAAUGGAGAUGAUUAUAUGAUUGAUGAUUUUGUAGUACAAGAUGAGGAAGGUGAUGAAGAGAAUAAAAAUCAACAAGGAGAAAAUUUGACUACAUCACAACUGAAAUUAGUAAAACAGAAUUCUCUUUAUUCUUUUAGUGACCACUAUACUCACUUUGAAACAGUUGUGAAGGCUCUUCUGAUCAAUGCUUUCGAUGAAUCUUUUCUGGAAACCUUGUAUGCUGGCACCAGGAAGAAGUCGUAUGCACAAGAUAUGUUGACAUCUCUUCAUUAUUUGGAUAAUCGCUUUAUUCAACCCCGUCUAGAGAGUUUAGUCUCAAGAAGUCGAUGGAAAGAACAAUAUAAGGAGCGAGUUGAAAGCUACUCUACACUAAGUAUCCAUUCAAAGAACCCUGCGGACUGCUCCUGCCAGGCUUGUGGGCUGCAUCGCCACUGUGUAUACUCAGUGCAUCUCUCAGGAAAGCUGUACAACACCAGGACAAUGGAGACAGAUGAUUUCAUGUCACAUGACAAGCAGGUAUUUACUGUUGGCAGAAUUUGUGCUGAUCGCACCAGAAUUUAUCAUAAACUAAAACAUUUUAAAUUCAAACUGUACCAAGAAUGUUGCUCCAUUGCCAAAACAGAAGAAGAUGGAGAUGAACAGGUUAAAGAAACAGUAGGAAGAGUCUUCAGUCAGUCAAAAGAAAGCGGCUGGAUUAGAAAGAAAUAUGAUCAACUGCAAGACUAUCUCAAUUCUGCGGAUUACUUUCAAGAUGAGAAGUUUGAAUUAUAGCAGGUUUCCUUCAGAGAAGAUUGUAUAAGUUUCUGUAAAUGUGAAGAUCAUGAGUUUUGUUUCUCUGUAUCAUGUAACAUUUGUUGUAUAUUCUUUAUGGCAAAAAUCUUGUUUAUAUCUCAUCUGAUUUUCAUGAAAUGCCACAGUGAAGUCUAAUAAAGCCUGCAUAGAUGUACAUGGAGAACAUCAGAUUUGUGAUUCAAAACUCCAUCAAUGUAUUUGGUCAUGUAUUGAUGAUUUUCUCAUAAAUGACCUACAAUUGAAUGUUCUAUCAUGUCCUCCUGUCAGUUUAGUAGAAAUAGGCUGUAUUAAAAUAUAUUUGGACUGACCUGGAGAUGGCUCAGUCAGUAUAAUACCUGCCUUACAAGUACAAGGACCUGAGUUCAGUCCUCAGAACCUUAUUUAAAAUAAAAGCCAGAUGUGAUGGCAUGAACUUGUAAUCCCUGCACUGGGGAGGCAAAGACCAGGCAGAUCUCCGAGGCUUGUUUGUCAGACAACCAACCCACUCUCAUGCCAAUGAGAUACCCUGUCUCAAAACACAAGUUGGGUGUUGCUUGUAAAUGACACCCAAGGCUAUCCUCUGAGCUGAACAUGCAUGCAAACAUAUAUGUACAUGUGCCCACAUGUGUGCAGCCACACACAGGCACCUUCUCAUCCACACUAUAUAUGCAUGUGUAUAUUCAUAUAUAGUGCAACUCAUGCCUCCCUGCGUAUGAAUCAUUGUAUUGUUGCAUCCCUUAGCAGUAUUAAUAUGAAACAUUCAGUAUCAAUGUCUAAUUAGUGUCUCCUCAAUCAGUGAGCCAUGGAAGAAGCCUCAAAUUACCAUGGAUUUAUUAUCCUGACCUCAGAAUGAGACCAGAGCUUGUCUACUGUAGGAGGAGUGCUCCCUCCUGCUGAAGUUUCCCUUAUGAACAGAUGUCUAAUCUGCAGGCUCUUUCAAUCCUCACAUUCAGGAAGAACUUGUUGAUACAUAUUUUUUCAUUCUGUGCAAUGUUCUUUCUUGUUUCUGAACAGUUUUAUCUGGAAUAUAUCAAGUAUUGAGAUGUAUUUUGUGAUUUUUUAACCAAAACAUUCUCUAUGUAAAUAUAUACGUAUGUAUGUACCAGUCUAAAGAUCUCAGCUACAGGUUCAGCCAAAAAACAAUUCAAAAUCUUAUUUUUGUGCCUACAUUACUUUACACAUCCUAAUUUUCCAUAAUUCAAUAAAGUGGUUUCAGAGUAA